CGUUGGUCUCUUGUUCUAGUGUUGCAAGAGUUAAAUCUCCCGCCACGUGAUUCCCGUCCAGUCCUUAUAAAUCCUGGAUAGAUACAGUCACUUGGGCAAUUCCCGAGAGAGAAAAUUAAAGGGAAAUUUAAGCCGCAUUUCACACCCCGGAGUAAUUUAGAGCCAAUUAAAAGGGUUAAGGACCAGCAAAAUGGUGAAAGCAAAGCCUGUUAGUGUUGAAGAGUCAGAAGUUAAGGUGAAUGGGGAUGUACCACAUAGAAAUCAGCCCAAAGGCAGAGGUCGUAAAAGGGCAAUUGAGGGUGACGUGAAAGAAGCAAAGAAGCCUAGAGUAACCUUGGAAGCUCCCAAGAUUGAUGGAGGUGUGGUUUUAACUGUUGGGAUGGGUGAUAUUGGCCAGCUGGGCCUCGGUGAUGGUGUUGAAGAAAAAACUCGGCCUGCGCUUGUACCAGAUCUUGAAGACAUUGUAGCCAUAGCUGCCGGGGGACUGCAUACUGUUUGCCUGGAUAAGUCAGGAAAGGUUCACACUUGGGGUUGUAAUGAUGAAGGAGCUUUGGGAAGACAAACUACAUCAGAGGAAGAAAAUUUUGUCAGUGGUACUGUUCAGAUUGAUGGCACAGUUGUUCAAAUUACAGCAGGAGAUUGCAUCACUGCUGCUGUAACAGAUGAUGGUCGUUUGUUUGCCUGGGGUUGCUUUAGGGAUAAUAGUGGUCCAUUAGGAUUCAUAGAAGAAGGUAAUAUACAGAGGACUCCAAGACAAAUUUUAAGUGGUAUUCCUGUCACAAAAGUUGCAGCCGGAAAUAACCAUUUAGCUAUACUCACCUAUAGUGGCCAAAUUUACACUUGUGGAUGUGGAGAGUCAGGACAGCUGGGCAGGAUUGCUGAAGUGUUUGCACAUCGUAAUUCUAGAAAUAGGAAAGGAAUAGCCACUCUACUUGAACCUCAGCCAAUUAAAGUGUACAGUCAUCGUAAAUGUGUGGUGUUUGAUGAUGUUUGGGCUGGAGGGCUUGCAACUUUUGCCAGAGCCAAGGAUACUGGCAAUAUUUAUGCCUUUGGUCUCAACAAUUACAAUCAGCUUGGUGAUGAGGAUACAAACAUGAGAUUCCAACCUGCACUUUUAAAGAACUUCAAGGGUAAAUCAUGGUGUCAGCUUGCGGGUGGACAACAUCACAGCCUUGCUCUAACUGAGGAUGGUGUUGCACAUUGUAUGGGGAGGAGAGAGUACGGACGCCUAGGAAUGGGUGACAUAAAAGAAGACAUUAUAAAACCCACCCCCAUAACUGCAUUACAGGAUAAGAAGGCCAUAAGCGUUUCUGCUGGAGAAUGUGUAUCACUUGUUGUUAUGGAAUCAGGUGAUGUCUAUGGUUUUGGCAUGGGCACCAACAAUCAACUUGCCCAAGGAGAUGAUGAUGAUCAACUAGAGCCAGUGAAGCUAGGAGGAAAGCAAUUAGCUGAAAGAAAAGUAGUUGCAGCUCAAGCUGGAGGACAGCAUACAGUACUGUUAGCUGUUCAGAAAUGAUGAUUAGGUGUUUUAGGAAAUUAUAAUUUUGUGAUAGUUUGCUUGAAAUUUUUGAGUAUGGAUUUGUUGAGAUUUUCAUGUUCAUGGAAUGAAAGUCGACUUUUGGAAAGUAAGUUUUAAUUUUAGAUGUGUGCACAGCAAAUACAAGAGGAGACUUGCAUUUUUUAUGUUCUGUAAGAAUUGGUUUUAGUUUUGUAUAAACGGGUUUUGCCUGAAUGUGGCAUUGAUCAUAUGUACUGAACAUCAUAUUUCAAAGGAAGGAGUAAGAUUAUCUUUGUUUGCUUUUUAUGAUUAUAAUUAUCACGUUAGUUUAGUUGUUUGAGAGUGUCUAUAUGUUAUGUGGAAAACUUCUAGUUGGCCUUGCAUUUUUCCUAUUUUCAGACAAAACAUGUGUUAUAAGUUCCUGUUGAUUACUUCAUUGAGAGUUCUCUGAAUUUUUUUCUGGACACAUGAAUACUACCAUUGAAAAUCACAUUGCAUCAAGUAUUCCAUAGACAUUUUGAAAGGGGCAAAGUCAGCUAGUGCACAGGAACAUUUUAGGCCCAGAUGAUGGUUUGAGUAAUUUCAAGGUUCUUGAAAAGAUUUUCUUAAUCUGUUCCUCUUCAUUCUGAUACUUGCUGAUUUUUAAGGGGAUUUCACACAUUCAUUUAUUCACGGAUUAACUGCUUUCUUGUACUAAAGUUUCCUAGUUUAGGUCCCCGUCUGUGAGAUCUGAGAAACUUGAAAUUAAAUUUUAGAUUUAAAUCUUGGUACACAGAAAAUUUAUUUUUAUAGUGAUUUCCCUUACUUGUUGGUGAAGAAUACAGGAUUAUUGCUUAUGUUAUUUGAUUCAGGGUAUAUGGUGCACAUUAUUGUAAUUUUGAUUGUUAGAUGAACCUUAUUAUAGACAAACUGGUUCGGGUUCUCUUGAGUUGUGUAUUUGUUUUAUGCAAUUAGAAAUAUGUAAAAUUGUCUUUUGGCUUUAUAUGUAUUAAAAAUGAUGGUGGUGGUGGUUUUGGAGGCAGUAAUGAUUAAUGAGAAAUUUAGUAGCUAGCUUGAAGCAUUCCAAGUCCCUUUGUAAUAAGACAUAAGUAAGAGAGUAGGGAAUCAUUAUAAGUACCAAUCAGAUUGUAUGUAUUAUUAAGCAGUAAUUGUUACCUUUAGGCCUUGAGGUAUCCCAACAGGGAAUCCAUACAUCAAUGACGACACCCUUCAUUGUCAAAUGUGCCCUGCUCAUAAAUUAAUUGUGAUCAUUUUUGCUCAGUAUAGUAGUGUGCAUAAGACUUUCCUCAAAUGUUAGCAUUUGUUAUUUAUUGUUUUGCUUUUACCAUUUAUUUCAGUUAUUUUAUUAUGAGAUAAUGGCUGUUAGUACUGAGUAUGAAUGAUUGGGAUUAGGUUAUAAGCAAUUUCAUUCUGUGGUGUAGUUUAUAAAGCUGAUUAAGGACUAGUUAAUUCUUUAAGAUGUAAUUAUAUUACUACAGUUUUAACAAGGUAUUGAGACAUUUUUUCUGUAUUCUCAUCUAAUCAGCUGUAAAAUAUUACAUUCUGUGUAGUUUUGCUCACAGGUAUGUUAAGAGAAUAAAAGAGUAAAGCUAAAAUCCAUAGUAGUUUCUAUGUAAAGAGGUAUUUUCAGCAUUUAAGAAAAUUUAAGUAUUUGGCAAUUUGGAGUUCUUUUUCAGAAAUAUGCUGCUUCCCUCCUUGUUCAUACAACCUCUACAAAUGUUUGAUGAUUAUUAUUAUUAUUAUUAUUAUUAUUAUUAUUAUUAUUAUUAUUCUUAUUAUUAUUAUUAUUAUUA